GGCUGGCUCUUACGGUCGCAUGGAGGGAGGAGGGAAAGUGGAGGUGAGGCGCGGUCACGCGCCGGAGGAGGAUGGGAGAGGGGCACAUCGGCAAAACAGUUGCAGGGCCACACUAGCACCAUGUCAUUGGCACCUGCACAAAACUGCCUAGCAAAACAGCUUAAGAUGAGUACCGGGGGUCAUUUGGCUUGGCUGGUUGGAGGAUUAAGUAUGCUAGUUUGAACUUCAGGGAAUGCUGAGAACAAAACUUGUGGGGCUAUAUGGACUUCUUUCAGAUUGCUGCCAAGUCGGGUCUCAUGACAAGUUUGUUUGAAGGAGAAACUAUGAAUUUUGUGAAGAAUCUAAGGAUCUUCCUCUUCAAGCGGAGAAAUGCUUAUCUGAGGUAUCUGUGCUACAUGUUGUUGUCGCGGAUUCAGAUUGGCGCAUCAUUUUGGGUUUAUGUAAUUUUAAGGAUGAGUUCCACAAGUAUGUUAACCUUAUUCAGAAAUCAGGGACACAGGCAAGGGGAAUUGGCAAGGCCCUAUGAUCGAAGAACUGCAUCAAGGAAGCUUAAAGUUGGUUUAAUUGGCUUUGGAGCCCUUGGGAUGCGCCUUGCUGAAGCACUAGUUGACAGUGAAUUUAUCGAUCUUGUCGCCAUAAUCACUGAUUGUCCUAUCUCUGAUAUGCAAAAGGCCUGGAAAAAGAGUGUCAUUAGCUUAAGGAUCGAAGGUGACAGAACCAUUGCCUUUAAGAAGCAAAACAAGGGUGCCGAUGAAGAAGUUCUGGUACGAGUAGUCCGUGACAGGGUUUCGUGGGAUGAAGUGCCUAUUGAUUAUGUUGUCGAUUCACUGCAUAUUGUGACUCAUAACAAACAUGUCAUCCACUCAAUGGCUUACGAAGGUGAGGAUAAGGCCAAGGCUUAUUCGCUAGUUCAUGAUGAUGAGGGCACCUGUAGCCAGAUUCCCAAGGUCACUACUGCAAUGGAACUCAAGUUCAAAUACGUGAAGAUUGUCGUGACUACUGCUGGUACAAUUGAGGCUCUGAAGUCAAACCUUGCAGAGUGGGACCAUGAAGGAUCUUCUGCACGUAUAUGCUUCCUGGCUCAUAAUAACCCUACGGAGAGAAUAUGCGACCCCUUCACAGAUAAGUCUGAUAACAAUGUGGAUGCCAGUAAUCGAGCUUCCGCUCUAUUGAGAAUCUUUAUUGAUCUCAUCAGACAUGUGCCAAUCAGUGGCUGCCAACUGGAGCUUUAGUGAAGAUCACCUUGUUUUCCUCCCAGGCUACUGAUGAGUGAGGUCCCAUUCCAUACAUAAGAGUUCACACUUUGUAUAUAGUCAUAGCUCCUAUACCAGCUGUAAGAAACAAGGGCCAUGCAUAGUUUCUCGUCUCUGAAUUGCAUGUGUCGGUACUUUUCCAAGGACUACAAUUACACGGAUGAUGCAAAAAAAAA